CGCCCCUGUCGGCCGCCAUCUCCCCCACUCUUAGGUUCUAGGUCCCCUCGCCGCCGCCGCCUCCGGCCUCGCGAGCUUGCCGAAAUGGUCGCCCACAGGUUCCAUCAGUACCAGGUGGUGGGUCGCGCGCUGCCGACCCCCGGCGAUGAGCACCCUAAGAUCUACCGCAUGAAGCUCUGGGCCACCAACGAGGUCCGCGCCAAGUCCAAGUUCUGGUACUUCCUGAGGAAGCUCAAGAAGGUGAAGAAGAGCAAUGGCCAGGUUCUCGCCAUCAACGAGAUCUUUGAGCGUAACCCUACCACAAUCAAGAACUACGGCAUCUGGCUGCGCUACCAGAGCAGGACAGGUUACCACAACAUGUACAAGGAGUACCGUGACACCACCUUGAAUGGUGCUGUGGAGCAGAUGUACAACGAGAUGGCCUCCCGUCACCGUGUGAGGUCCCCCUGCAUCCAAAUCAUUAAGACAGCAACGGUCCACUUCAAGCUCUGUAAGAGGGACAACACCAAGCAGUUCCACAAUGCCAAGAUUAAGUUCCCUCUUGUGUCCCGCUUGGUCAGACCACCAACCAGGAAGCUGAAGACGACCUUCAAGGCUUCAAGGCCCAACUUGUUCAUGUGAUCCAACUAACCCUGACUCCCUUCCUAAUCUGUAAUCGCAGACAGUUUGGAGGGUUGCUAGUUGAGGUUAAUCGUAUCUACUGCAACUUAUUGUUUCUAUGUUUUAGUUUUAGGUCCUUGUGGUGGCCUUUAUUAGCUUGAUGAAUAUCCUCUUUUCAUUUCCCCUGUUUAUCAUAGCUGCCUUAUAAUGGAUAAUUCAUAUGCCUUCUGCUUUGGUGUUCAUCAUAAAUGGUAUUGUUUUCUUAUGGCCUUGUGGCUGUAGUC